AUGGCACCGCAGUUUGAGGCUUCGUCAUCGUUGUCGCUGCCUCCAGACAUUUUCAACGCCAUGCCUGAGCUCGAUUGGUUCAGCGAUACGACAGAUAUAUUCGGACUAGACUUCACUCCUACAAUCGACAAUGCAAUUGAACGCCAACUGAAUGGUUCUUUUCCGGCUGAGGAUUGCCAGAACAUUGCAGCAGAGCAUGACGGAACAUGCGACAAGCAUGUCAACGACUCUGCCAAGCAGAGACAUGCUAUAUUCCAACGCUCUUUGUGGUUAUGGAGGCCUGACGCAAAUCAAAAUGCAUUUAGCGAGCACAACAAUAUACCGAUGAACGAACGAUCGAUCGAUAUGGGUGCGUCACCACACCAGCCGUAUUUGCCUUCGUUGCAUAUGGAAGAUACGCUAUCACAAGACUCACGAGAUCGCAUUCUACAAUUGGUGGUCAAGACCGCCAAGUCGCAUGUUUCAAUCCCCAGCUUUCCUUCGACUGCCUGCUUAGAUACUCUACUUAAAGUCGGCAUUGCCAAGCGAUUGGAAACAGAUGCAUGGAUCCAUCCGUAUACGUUUGAUUCAGAAAAGACAAGGCCGGAACUUUUGACAGCCCUCAUAGCAGCAGGCUGUGUCUGCUUUGGCAUUCCUCGGGUGUCGAAGACAGGACUUGUGCUGUUCGAGAUUGUUCGAGUAGCACUCAAUCAGCUGGCGGAAGAGGACAACAGCGUCAUUCGAGAUCUGCAGUAUCUGCAAGCUUGCAUGAUAUGGAUCGAUGUGACGGCCUUCUGUGGCUUUCAACGGAAGAUGCAAAUUGCAGAGUCCAGUCUCCAGCCUUUAGUGACAGCACUUCGGCGCACUGGAAAGUUUGACCAUGUAUCUUACACUAAAACUCGGCCGUGCGCUUCUGACCAAGGCGAUGAGUUGGAAGAUAAGUGGAGACGGUGGGUAGAGGAUGAAUCUUACAAGAGGCUGGUUCACCACAUUUUCGAACACGACAUAUAUACUACCAUCGCUAAAGAACGCCAACCCUUAAUCUCAUACGCUGAGUUAUCAGUACCAUUACCAGCAGCGCGGGACUUAUGGCUGGCACCGUCUGCGGACAUCUGGCAGCUUGUGUAUGAUACGAAACGAUUUCCAUCGCCUACGUCUGAUACCAUAUCUCUGAGGGAUCUUCUGGCCAAUCCGGAGAUGGUGCACUGCCUGUCCGAUCUAGUCGAUCUGCGUAUAGUGCGUACAGCACAUCUUUCUGGCCUGGCGGCACAAUGUUGGGAUUACUUCCAACAAGCGAAAGUAACGAGCAGCGUAUUUACAUCAAGCGAGGAUCCAUCGACUAAGCUUUGGAUGCAGUCAAGACACCAAAAGCUAUACCAGUCACUGCAGUCUGCAAAACGAACCACACAUACUGACGUGGCUGUGACGGAGCUGUUCGCAGAACUUCUAAUGAUGAGCUUGCAUGUCAGCCUCGACGAAAUCACCAGAUUUGCUGGGAAGUGUGGUGAAGCAGAAGCACAUCGAGCAUAUCAGACUCUUCAGCCAUGGAGCCAGACAAAGCAGGCACGAAUAGCUGUUUGGCACGCUGGACAGGUCAUCCACUUCGCGCGAAACGUCCUUCCUUACCAACUAAGAGGCGCUGAUGGCCUCAUGGUGUAUCAUGCAGUCAUGGUCCUUUGGGCAUAUGGGAUGAUGCAACGAGACGCCGCAAGACGGAAGGCAGAUGGCAAAGAGCCGCGAGAGUCGACAACGAGCAGCGAACCCUCAACAUUCCUGGACGAUAUGACCAAUGACCGUACAAACGAUUUUCUGCUCAUGAACACUGGUAGACCGUGCCUUCGAUUCUCCAAUACUGAGUCUGGGACUGAAUCACAGGCUUGCGAUAUACGAAACGCACAAGGUGUGAUGGCUGUUGGGAUAGCUGUCUUGGAAGGCAAUCUUCCGAACGAGAUCCGCGAGAAUCUACCACAGCUUACACGCUCUCUGUGCGAGCUCAUGAAGGCAUUGGGAAGCUUGAAGUGA